AUCAAGCUGUUCUUGCAUAAUUGCUUCUGCGAUAUCGAUAAUUUAUUUGUGAAAUAAUCCUAUAUUUAUUUUAAGGCAUCAAUUUAAUGUUCCAUUUUGUUAUGUUAUAUGUGUUAUUCGAAAUUUGACAGGUGUGCACGUCGUAAAUAAGUGUGGAUUAUUAUUUAAGUUUUAAAUAUCAUUUUGGAUUACCCAUAGUUUUGUUCUGAGAGUGGUUCACAAUGAUGAUGAUGGACGGUGGUUACAUGGAGCAGGAAGAGGAGUGGGAGCGAGAGGGAUUACUUGAUCCUGCUUGGGAAAAACAGCAGCGCAAGACCUUCACUGCUUGGUGCAACUCUCACUUGAGGAAGGCAGGAACACAGAUUGAGAACAUUGAAGAAGACUUCCGUAAUGGACUAAAACUCAUGCUUCUACUAGAAGUAAUUUCCAGUGAAACAUUGCCAAAGCCUGACAGGGGCAAGAUGAGGUUCCAUCAUAUAGCUAAUGUGAACAAAGCUUUAGAUUUCAUUGCCAGCAAAGGUGUCAAAUUAGUUUCCAUUGGUGCUGAAGAAAUUGUUGAUGGAAAUGUAAAGAUGACCCUUGGACUUAUAUGGACCAUUAUUCUUCGAUUUGCUAUUCAAGAUAUUUCUGUAGAAGAAAUGACUGCAAAAGAAGGUUUACUAUUAUGGUGCCAAAGGAAGACGGCUCCUUACAAAAAUGUUAAUGUACAGAAUUUCCACUUGAGCUGGAAGGAUGGUCUUGCUUUCUGUGCUCUCAUUCAUAGGCAUAGACCUGAUCUAUUAGAUUAUAGCAAAUUAACUAAGGAUAAUCCUAUUCAUAACUUAAAUCUUGCCUUCGAUGUUGCUGAAAAAUAUUUGAAUAUCCCAAGGAUGUUGGACCCAGAAGACAUGGUGAACACUCCCAAGCCUGAUGAGCGUGCAGUCAUGACUUAUGUAUCUUGUUUUUAUCAUGCGUUCCAGGGAGCGCAGCAGGCAGAAACUGCAGCUAACCGUAUUUGCAAGGUGCUUAAAGUUAAUCAAGAAAAUGAGAGACUUAUGGAGGAAUAUGAAAGAUUAGCUAGUGAUCUUCUUGAAUGGAUUAGGAGAACUACUCCUUGGCUGGAAAACCGAACUACAGACAACACUUUAGUUGGAGUUCAUAAGAAAUUAGAUGAAUUCAGAAAUUAUCGUCGAGUACACAAGCCUCCACGUGUGGAACAGAAGGCUCGAUUGGAAACUAAUUUCAACACUCUUCAAACAAAGCUUCGUCUUAGCAAUAGGCCAGCCUAUCUUCCUUCUGAAGGAAAAAUGGUUUCUGAUAUUCAUAAUGCAUGGAAAGGUCUUGAAAUGGCAGAAAAGGGCUUUGAAGAAUGGUUGCUGUCUGAAAUGAUGAGGUUAGAACGAUUGGACCAUUUGGCUCAGAAGUUCAAGCACAAAGCUGAUAUCCAUGAAGACUGGACCCAUGGAAAGGAAGAAAUGCUUCAAAGCCAAGACUUCAGAAAUUGCAAAUUGAAUGAGUUGAAGGCCUUGAAAAAGAAGCAUGAAGCUUUUGAAAGUGAUCUGGCUGCUCACCAAGAUCGUGUGGAACAAAUUGCUGCCAUUGCUCAAGAGCUCAAUGCACUGGAUUAUCAUGAUGCUGCUUCAGUCAAUGCUAGAUGCCAGAGGAUAUGUGAUCAGUGGGAUAGGCUUGGGACUUUGACACAGAAACGAAGAAGUGCACUUGAGGAGGCUGAGAGGGUACUAGAAAAGAUUGACACAUUGCACCUUGAGUUUGCUAAGAGAGCAGCACCUUUCAAUAACUGGUUGGAUGGUGCCAGAGAAGAUUUAGUUGAUAUGUUUAUUGUACAUACUAUGGAAGAAAUACAAGGUCUAAUUGAUGCCCAUGAGCAGUUCAAGCAAACUUUGGGUGAAGCUGACAAGGAACACAAAUCUAUUACUGCGCUUGCUCAGGAAGUCCAAACCAUUGCAACACAGUGCCAGAUUCCAGGAGGAAUUGAGAAUCCUUACACAACAUUAACAUCUAUCGAUAUCACGACGAAAUGGAGUGAUGUAAAGCAGAUGAUUCCUAAGAGGGAUCAAGUUUUGCAGACAGAGUUGAUGCGACAACAAUCUAAUGAGAGGUUGCGCAGGAAAUUCGCUGAGAAGGCCAAUGCUGUUGGACCCUGGAUUGAGAGGCAAAUGGAUUCUGUUACAGCCAUUGGAAUGGGCAUGCAGGGAAGUUUAGAGGACCAACUCAACAAACUGAAACAGUUUGAAGUGAGUGUAGUCCAAUACAGACCACAUAUGGAUGAACUUGAAAAGUGCCAUCAAGAAAUUCAAGAAGCUAUGAUCUUUGAAAAUAGAUAUACACAAUAUACUAUGGAAACUCUUCGUGUUGGCUGGGAACAACUGCUAACCUCAAUUCAUCGUAAUAUCAAUGAAGUUGAAAACCAGAUCCUGACUCGAGACUCUAAAGGCAUUACUGGAGAGCAACUAAAUGAAUUCAGGAUGUCAUUUAACCACUUUGACAAAAAUCGAACAGGUCGCUUAGCUCCUGAAGAAUUCAAAUCUUGUCUAGUCAGUUUAGGUUACAAUAUUCGAAAUGACAGACAGGGUGAAGCAGAUUUCCGCAGGAUUAUGAGUGUGGUUGAUCCUAAUAACACGGGCUAUGUACAUUUUGAUACUUUCUUAGACUUUAUGACUAGAGAAAGUACAGAUUCUGACACAGCUGAACAAAUUAUUGAUUCAUUCAGGAUUUUGGCUGGAGAUAAGCCUUACAUUACUGCAGAAGAGCUGCGCAGAGAAUUGCCACCAGACCAGGCUGAGUACUGUAUUCAGCGCAUGGGACCCUUCAAAGGACCAGGAGCUGUACCUGGUGCCUUGGAUUACAUGUCCUUCUCAACGGCACUCUACGGCGAAAGUGAUCUCUAGAGUCUUGCAUUUAACGAACCCUCUGAGCUGGUCUUGUGUGGCUUUUUUAUCCAAGACAACACAACAUUUCACAAUCUCUUGCAUCCACUCCUCUAUCCUACUCCUUGUCCCAUUAUUGCCAAAAGAAUGGAACUCGUGGUGUUUUAAUAUCAUGUAAAUUAAAAUCGAACAUUUUUAUUAUCAUUAUAAUUUAUCAAUCAAUUUAUAGUGAAUUUCAUACUUGAAAACAAAAGUCAACAAAGCAAAUAAAGUAGCAUUGGAUUGUCCAAUGUUGGUUGUCAAUAAUAAAGUGUCAAAUCAGUGAGCAAUUUUAUAAUAAAUUAAUUGGUUAGAAAAGACUAUAUUAUACCAGCUCAGCAUCUUGUUUUGCCCCAUCCCCCAAAGGAUUUGGUUAAAACCUUGUCUACUUAGAAUAAAAAUGAAAUACGGUUAGUGACGCGUUGUUGUGAAAGAGCCACUCGUGCCUUCUGUGGUUCACCUGCCGUCCCCCAAGCGAAGCUGAAUAUGACGUCUUCCGACAGCGUGGUUCUGAACCAUCUAACGACCUCUUGAAACAACCGAAAGAUAAAAUUUUACUUUUUUUGUUCCAAAAAGUGCUUGUUUUAACCCUCAUAUUUCACUAGGUAUAGAUUAUGCCUGCCCCCAAAACAUAUUUGUGUGAUUGUGUUGCAAAGAAUCAUUAUUUGAAAUUAAUUUAAAAAAAGAAAUUUUAUUUUAUGUUUGUGAGAAGCUAUCCAAAGAAAAGAGGAAAAUUGUCCUAUAAUCAUGCUUUUGUGCUUCUUUGUACUUUUUAAAAUGUCUUAAUAAAAAAAUUUUUAGCCCCAA